AUACAACCCAACACUAUGAGACCCUCACAUCUUUUCACAUCGGCGUUGCUUGUCCAGUCGGCUACGGCAGCUUACCAAUAUGCCGGCUGUUAUGCCAAGUCGUCACUUAGCUCGGUGUCGUUUAAAAACACGUAUUUAUACCAGUCCAAUUCCUACUGUCAGAAUAGCUGUGCUGCUGCUGGGAUGGGCGUUGCCGCGAUGAUCAGUGGGAACCAGUGUUAUUGUGGCAACACUGCUAUUAAUAGUAGCAACAAGGUGAGUGAUUCUAACUGUGACACUAGCUGUGUGGGCUACCCCGCAAACACUUGUGGUGGGAGUAACUACUUCAGUGUGUUUGUUGAUUCCAGUAUUGUGGUCCCUGAAUCCAGCAGUUCCAGUAAGUCCAGCUCCAGUUCCAGCAAGUCCAGCUCUAGUUCUAGUUCUAGCUCAAGCUCUAGUUUUAGCACCACCACCACCUCCUCUACCUUCUCCACUUUCUCCACCACCUCUUCCACCUCCUCCACCUCCAGCUCUUCUCUGUCCACCACAACCUCUAAACCCACAACCACCGAAAACUCAACCAGCAGUAAGGUCACUACCAGCCCUGGUUCAUCCACCGAUGCCAAUACCUCUUCCAAAACCUCUUCUUCCCCCCCGGUGAUCACCUCCGCGGUGGUUUUGACCACCACGUUGAGUGGGACACCACAUACAAUUACCAAGAUAAACUCCCCGAGCUCGAGUGCCAGCUCAUCCGCAACCUUAGAUACGGCUUCUGGGGCCAAGAACAAAAGCACUGGC